GUCAAGCCGACAGGCGUGCUGUGUUGAAACGGUAACCGCCGGCAUAAUUGGCAAGUUUAACGAAAGCUUAGCUAAAGCACUUGCCCCAACUGUGCUCUGCGAGCUCCAUGCCUGAAUCAAAAGAUAAAGUAACUCAAGAAAAGAGUUCCAGGGUGGCUUUCAGCCCCUCAAACCUGCCGCCAAGGCCUCAUGGGAUGAUAAUUGGGGUCGCUGCCGCUUUCUGUCACUUCAUCCAUUCUCCAUGCCCGGUCACCAACUUCUCUCCGAUCAGCACUGAGCCUUGCAGGCUUCGCUGUGCCUUUCCCUUUUCAGCAUCCCGCCCUCUAUUGAUAGCGUCAACUGCCGCGUACCGCUCGUUAUCCUCUUUCAUCUUCUUGUUCGCUUCCCAUUUGCCGCUUGUGUCCGCUGCUAAUACCGGGACCCAAUUUUGUAUUCGACACCUGGAGCUUGUUGUGGUAUCUUGCUCACCUACUCCAUCGAGCGUUCCAGUCUUGACCGUCAUCCGCCCCCUGAUCGUCUGCAUACACAGUUUUCAUGGUGGACUCUGCCGGGUCAGCGACUAUUCAGCUACUAUUUCGCAUCUGGCAUCUCCACCUCAUGGCAUAGUGAGUCUAGUGGCGCCAAGUGCCUGAGUGAAGAGAAGCGCUGUCGGCGGCGGCUUGCGCUUGGGGUCUCGUGGCGUUGAAUUUCGCAAAAAAACCGCUAUCCCCUAUUCACCCCUGCCGGCGCCUGU